GGGUUGUUGGAUGGUCGUCACCGAACAGAUCUUUUGUCCGUACGGCCGUGUGGGUGUUUUGUUUGGGUCCGUGGUUUACAUAAUAUCGCAGUAAGGUGACCUCCUGGCGGUCACACCGGGAUGUGUCAUACCUGUACCCGUGUGUGCUAUCACGUUCCUUAUAAAGAAGAGGAACUAACACCAAAACUUGACUGUUGUAAGGGUUACGAUGGAAGAAGAAGACUUUUCAGGUGACAGUGAGUUGGACCAGCUGUCAGAUGCAGGAGAUGAACUUGACUUUGAAGAGGAGCAGUGGGGAGGGGGGUCCAGGUCCAGCAGUAGGGCAUCUCAACAGUCAAGGUCAUCAACACCAGGGGGAAGAUCUAACCAAGACUCCAUAGAUAUGGGAGGAGCAGAGGCCUGUGCAGAUUCGAAACAGUCACAUGAAGUUGGUGACAACAAGCCAAAUGAAGCUGAAGGAGAAGCCACAUCUACAACCUUCAACGAUGGCAGCCAGACGGCAGAAGGGAAAGGGAAGAAAAGAAAGAAAAAGACUCCACAACAACCUGGAGAGAAGAAGAAACGCAAGAAGAAAGAAGGAGGAGAGAAAAAGAAGAAGAAAUCUAAACCGGGACAUCUUCGGAGAAACAUAAGAAAACUUAAGGGUGAGGACACCCUGGAAGCGGAGACCCUGGCAGCCCAGCAGGAGGAGAUGGAGAGGAAGAGACGUCUUGAGAUGCAGCGCUCCCAGAACCUGCCCACACCUGGCUUCAUGGCUCAAGACAUGGACCUAGCAGACCUGGACUUUGGCACGGGCCAGCUAGACUUCAGCAGUCUUGUGGAAGCAGAGGCAGAGUUGGCACCCUCUAUGUACACAGAGCCUGCAAUACCAGAACCUGUACCUGUACCCACAACAGAGCAACCUGCAACAUCUACAGACCAGCCUACCGAGCUGAAACUGGAACCCAAGGCUGAGGAAACACCCACAGAAGAUAUAACUGUGCCAAAGGUCACCCCACCUCCACCUCCCAUGAUGCCGCAGAAGGCUGAUGACAGUGAUGAUGUCAUCUGUAUAGACAGUAGUAGUGGAGAGGAGGAGAGUGCAGAAACGAAGAGCAAACAUGCAAAAACAACCAAGUCACCUCGUGAAGAUGUGGUCGAGUUGGCGAGUUCUGAUGAUGAUGUGAUGAUUGUGAGUGGUGAUGAUGAAGACCAGGAGGAAGAGGAGGAGGAGGAUGAUACAGGGAACAGUGGGUCUCACACGGAUGAUGCAACUAACCAGCCCGACGCCCUGGGGAAGGUUCUGAUCAAUGUCAAUCAUCCGUCAACAGAGUCUGACAUCUUCCUGUCACCUCAGCUGGGGAGGUCUGUCAAGCCUCAUCAGAUUGGAGGAAUCCGUUUCUUGUACGACAAUCUGGUGGAGUCCUUGGAGAGAUACAAAUCCUCGGGUGGGUUUGGCUGCAUCUUGGCUCAUAGCAUGGGCCUGGGGAAAACUCUACAGUUGAUCUCCUUUAUUGACGUGUUCCUGAGACAUACAGAAGCCAAGACGGUGCUGUGUAUCGUCCCCAUCAACACCUUACAGAACUGGUCAGCAGAGUUCAACAUGUGGCUGCCCACUAAGGAGGCAGUGGACACUGCUAUCCAGCAGGGGAUAGCACAGGAGGGGGAGAUCCAGCAUAGGGAGUUUGGGGUGUAUCUUCUCAAUGAUAACUACAGAACCAACCUGGCAAGGGCCAAGCUUAUCGAUAAGUGGUUUAAGACAGGUGGUGUUCUCCUGAUGGGGUAUGAGAUGUACAGACUGCUCAUCUCCAAGAAGAUCAUGCUGACAAACAACAAGAAGAGGAGAGGCAAGCAGCCCAAGGACAUGGAGGUCAUUGACCUGGAGGAAGAGGACACAAACCUUGCAAUACUACAUGGAGUGUACAAGGCCCUUGCUAAGCCCGGUCCAGACCUUGUGAUCUGUGACGAGGGACAUCGCAUCAAGAAUGCCCACACCAGCGUGUCACAAACACUCAAGAACAUCAGGACUAAGAGGAGAGUUGUGCUGACCGGGUACCCCCUACAGAAUAACCUGAUGGAGUACUGGUGCAUGGUGGAUUUUGUCAGGCCCAACUUCCUGGGUACACGCCAGGAGUUCAGCAACAUGUUCGAACGGCCCAUCCAGAAUGGACAGUGUAUAGACAGCACUCCUGAGGAUGUGAGAUACAUGCGGUAUCGAGCACAUGUUCUCCAUAGUUUAUUGGAGGGAUUUGUCCAAAGGAGAGGCCAUGCGGUACUGAAGUCUGUUCUUCCACCCAAGUAUGAGCACGUUCUGCUGGUCAGGAUGUCCGCCAUACAGCGUGAACUGUACGCCAAGUUCAUGACCGCGUUCAGGGAGGCAGGUGCAGCCGGUUGGAGCAACAACAAUCCUCUCAGGGCUUUCUCAGUUUGUUGCAAGAUCUGGAACCAUCCAGACAUACUGUAUGAGAUUCUGCAGAAGAAGAUGACAAACGAUGACCUUGACAUUGAGGAUCCAGAAGGGUUAGGCAACAAGUCAAGGUCAAGGUCAAACACCCCAACCAUACCAGAUGGGUCCAGGAGGUCAGGGUCACCGGCAGUACCAUUGAUAGCUUCCACCUCUGGGGUAACAGAUGAGAACAGCAACAGUAACAGCAGUAGCAAGGACCGCAGGUUUACGCAGGACGUCGGACUGACACCAUUCCAGGAGAAAGCCAACCAGGGCACUAACUACAACUGGGCAGAGGACUGUAUGAAGGACUACACCCCCGGUGUGCUGGAGAAUGGAGGCAAGAUGCUGCUGCUCUUCAAGAUCAUAGAGCAGAGCAUCAGGGGAGGGGACAAACUGCUUGUCUAUAGCCAGAGUUUGAACACCUUAUCCCUGAUUGAAGAGUUCCUGGCCAAAACUCCAAUGCCAGAACCACCGAACGGCUUCCCACACAACAUCCCUCUCAGAUGGGCCAAGAACAAAACAUACUACAGGUUGGAUGGCGGCACAUCAGGACAGGACAGGGAGAAAAUGAUCAAUCAGUUCAACGUUCCCAACAGUCCAACAUGGCUGUUUCUUCUCUCUACUAGGGCUGGUUGUCUGGGUGUGAAUCUGGUGGGAGCCAACAGAGUGGUCGUGUUUGAUGCAUCGUGGAACCCGUGUCACGACUGCCAGGCCGUGUGCCGCGUGUACCGCUACGGUCAGACCAAGCCGUGCCACAUCUACAGGCUGGUGACAGACAAGUCACUGGAGAAGAAAAUAUACGACAGACAGGUCAACAAGCAGGGCAUGUCAGAUCGAGUUGUAGACGAGUUACAACCAGAAUCCAACUUCACAAGGAAGGAAGUGGAAGACCUCUUUAGUUAUGAUGAUUCAGACCCAGUGUAUGAAGACUUCUCCCAGGAUGCAGCUCAGUUUGCAGACUCCAUCCUCCAGGACAUCUGUACAGAACACAGCAAACUCAUCACCAAGGCACCAUUUCAACAUGAGUCCCUCCUGAUCGACAGGAAGGAUCACAAACUCACAAAGGCGGAGAAGAGAGCAGCUAAGAAGGGCUACGAGCAGGAGAAGCGCAUGAGCGUCAGUAACUACUCCCGACCAUCCUACUCCGCCUUCUAUCCCCAGCAACAGUCAGGGGGGACACCUGGCAGCUCAGGGGGAACUGCAUCCAUAUCCAGCCUCAUAUCAUUUGCUAGGGCACAGACAGGAAUGCCUCCGAUGAUCCACCGUCCCGUGGCGAAUGUACGGCCCAUCCAGUCCACGCCCAUCCCGAUGCAGCCUCGGACAUCCGGCAGCAACGAUGUCCAGGUCUUUCAACGAGGGGGACACAACAUCAUGGUCAACCACGUCAAGACCACCAUGGACAUCCCGAUCCCCGGCAGUGCCAGUUCCACCUCUUCUGCACAGAAGAUCCCUGCCGGCACACAGAUCACCGUGAUCCGCACGCACCGCGGCAUGUACAUACGCACCAACGACGGCAAGAUCUUCGCUGUGCGGGCCGGAGCACCAGGUAUGAGCCAGGUUCUCCGUGGGUCUCUCGGUUCUGCCCAGAGUAACUCCGGCAGCCAAGGUAUCCCUGUCCAGGCUGGUGGGCCAUCCUUGUCUGCCACUGCGGUGAACGAGGCCAUUGGCUCUGCUGCAGCCUCCUCCGCCACCUCCGGUCAGCCUUUCCCCCGGCCAGCGGCAACGUCAGCACCAAUGGUCAGUGCCCUGCUCUCCGGCACGCCCUCUCGGGAGUCGCCAGGGCUCGGACGUGUGAUGCCGAUGACAUCGGUCACAACAAGCACAUCAACGUCUGGCAAUAACACGGCAAGUUCAUCAGAAGCAACAGCAACAAGGCAAGGGUAUAGCAGUGCGUCUACCGCCGAGGUCUCUCCGUUUCUCACCACAUCGAGUAGAGAACCAGAUGGUAAACAAGAUGGGAACAGUAGCGAAGCUGACAAGAGCAUGGCUCAGAGACCGGAGUCGACGGGAGGGCUUAGCUCGGGAAGCUCGCAGUCUCGUCCUGCGAGUCAGAACCUGGAGAGAACGUCGCCCAUCUCACAGGCGGCUGACAGUAGCGUGCCGGCCGUUACAUCGUCAGGCGUUCCACCCUCCGUCGCGCCCCUAGUCUCCCAGCAGAACACCACACAGAGCAUGGGGUUGCCCAACUUCUCCUUCCCCACCCCUAGCCAGGGCCAGGCUCUGAACAUGAACAUUCCAGGCAUGGGGAACAUCUCCCCCUCCCCCUUACAGAACCUCAUGACCUUUGUCCCCAGCUACCUCAACCCAGGCUCUGCCCAGCCCCAGCCUGGUAUGAUCCCCAGCAUGUACAACUACCCCGGCAUGAUGCCACCGUUCGGCCUGGUGGCAGCACCCCUGCCCUUCCUUCCAUCUGCCCCACCCCCCAACAUGCAGGCAACACUUGGCAAUGCUGUUCCACUCAGCGGGUACCCUCCCCAGCCUGGUAUGGCUAUUCCAACUACCACCACCACCUCUCAGGAGCCAGCUAAAAGUACUGAGGAGAUGAGUUCAUCACCGUUCAACUUAGAUGACAUUGUCCAGCUGGACUGAAUCGGUGGCUGGACUAAGUAAUGAGUAGUACUAUAGUCCCAACAUCUGCUGUCACAUCUGCAAAUCCUUAUCAAUAGACAAGUGUCAUGUAAAUAAUGUGUGUUCUGAGGAAAAUUUAUGAACAUAUGUCAUUUGAAUUGGCCAUCUAAAUGAUAACUUAUCCUAAGUGUCAUGUCUUUUCAGCUAUAUGCUGUACCUUCGUGAGCUUGUGUUUGUGUGAUAUGGACAAAGUAUUAAUCCUCUUCCUUCUGUAAGUCUGUAACCAAGAUGUAGAUACAUUUACAGUAGAUGGGCUGCAGGAGGGAAAAGGUCUUACUAUACUCGUCGAGUCUUGUUAACUCUCUUCAUUACAGUGGCAACAUUGGAUCUCUCUCUAGGGUCAGGUGUUGGUGUACAUAUUGGAAACAACAUUGGGCCUCUGUUUUACUACUGUAUUAGAAGUAAUUUCUACUUUCUACAACAUCGGAGAGCAGUUGAAUGCUGAAUUUGCCCAAACCUUUUGACGAACACAAAGUGGUUAAGAUGGGAGAACCAAAACGUAUUUUGAAUGUCAAAAUAAAGUUAACAUUCAGUGUAAGAAGCAUUGUAUGUGUACAAGGGAACGUUACUAAUGAUGCUUACAUCGUGUAAAUACGUGUAGUGUUUUAUUACUAGGUGUAUGUUUGAGAAGAACUCUAUAUUCAAUACUGAUAUUCAGUUGAUUGUAGAGUUUUUAGAGACAGGAAGAUAUACAUGUUAAGAUAUUGUUCUUGGUUGUGAAGUAUCAUAUCAUGAUCAGUAUUUGUCAAAGUGAUCCUAGAAUGUCCCAGGGAACAGGGUUUUCUCUCUGAACUGUUAUGUCUCAGUCUGGAAUCAAACAACAGUAUUAAAAAAAAACAUGUAUUUCAUGUAAUCAGACUCAAUAAGGGGGUAGAUUGUACUUUCAGCUCAAAGUUUCAGACCUACCAAAUUUUAGAGUCCAGUAGCCUGCCUUAAGAUUGAUACAUUGGGCAUGGGAGAAAGAAUGACAAUGAAAUGUUGAUUUUGCAUGGAGUAGUAGUAAGGCCCUCUUUCAUUUUGUAACAUACCUGCAGAAAUUGUGAUGGUCCUCGAGCGUAUGACUUCCUUGGCGAAAACGCUAGUCCCUUAUCAUGCCACAUGCAUAAUAUUAUGCAAAAUCGUUACAGCCUUAGUUUUAAAAUCAGCGUAGAGAUGGAAACAUGAAGCAUUUAUCGUGUAUUUGUUGUUCUUGUAGCUCCAUGUGCUAAACUGGUCGCUUUUUCAGCUGAUGUUUGAACGUAUGGAGAUUGUGUCAAAAUCUCGUCUUCAUUGGGACCUUUAAUACCAGGUGCAAUGGAUUAGCUUGUUGCCUUCAUUAUCCAGAGUAGAGAAGAUGUCCUUUGUACUGUGAGUGCAAUAAUACAUAUCUGUCUACUAAGUUGGCGUGUAGGUUUGCAAAUAGCUUCAAUAGGUUGAUAGCUCACUGGAAAAUAAUGUUUUGGUGAGUCAGACACAAUCUAGAGAAAAUGUACCUGAUUUUAAAUUAUGACACUUCUGUUGAAUUGCUUAUGGAAAAAUAUUUUCCCAGGACAAAAUUUAUUUCCUUUUCCUUACUUGUGUAAUGACAGUUUGCAUAUACUGUACAUUUUGUGUUCAAUGUUGAAGUCAAUGGUGUGACAUUUUGUUUUGUAAUAGAAAUACCUACCUUCAAUACCAACAUGUCAUUUGAAUGUUAUUGCUUUCUUGGUAACUUUUGCAAGCUGUGCAGUUUUCUUAAAAUUAAGUUGUAUUCUUUCUCUGAACUACUUCGUAUUAAUGCCCUAAUGCAAUUGUUUGUUGACCAAGCUUAAGGGUAUAUUGACUUCCAGUUGGUUUGCAUUACAAUUGAGCUUGUACAGAAAGCUAGCAGUAGUGCUUAUUUAUAGUAAAUAUUGUAUGAAUAUGUGUUAAUGUGAAGAGAUAAAGUCAAAAAUGAAUUCAAGUAUACUUACUAAAACAUGAUCAUAAAUGUUUGUGUACAUGUAUUUGGUUAUUGUACAUUGCAUCAAGUAUAUGGUCACAAAAUUGCCAGCAGAACUUCAUGUUGUUAGUGUUACUUCCAGUUUUUCAGAUGUAGGCAAAUCAAAUGCAGUUUAAUACCUUCUUAAGUUAGAUAAGUUAACUCACUAUUGAUAUUUUGAUUAACAGUUUUUUAUGUAUAGCGCUUGUAGCAAGUUUUGGUUCUUAUUGUAUUCACACAUCACUGAGUAAUAAAUUAAGAUGGAAAAGCGAGAGAAAA